GUAGAUGUCAUCGCAUCCCAGUUUGACCGGCUAAUGCGGCGCUUGCAGGAUCAACAGUUUCUGGGCUCCGUGGAGGCCCUGCACGAGACUUACCUAGCCGGUCUACAGGCCCAGGCCUUCCUUCUGCACCCCAUUCUGAAGCCCUGUCUCACUCGUCUGUUGGCAGUUUGUCGCAGAUUCGUGCGGCUAAGCCAACAACCAGAGGCUGCGGCAUCUGACGCGGACGCUAGUGGAGAUACUCGUCGCCGUCUCCCACCAGCCUGGGCAGUGCUGCGCGCGGAAUUCGAGCAUCUGGCCUUUGUACUCUUCACCAGCCUGUCCAGCGCACGCACCACAUCUAGUCGGGGUCUCGGAAUGGGCAUCCCAGAUACGUCUGGUGGCGGCGCCAGUCAGAUGGGAGGCCAUUUAACCCAACUCCUUUUGAGGCUGGACUUCAAUUCGUUUUUCGGCAAGUUUGCCUCCGAGAAAGGUUGA